AUGCCUAAUUAUCGGUUGUUACCACCGAGACCACCGUCAACUGGAGCACACAGGGUCGUCACUAGCCAUAAUAUUACUCUUUCGCCAUAUCGAGAACCUAGAACUUGCGUGCCUAGGAAAAUUGCCGAGCGUACACAUCUUGAACGAUUAUGGGAACAUCUUCUUAGACCAAUGGAGAAACGUGAUCCACAACAAAUUUUUGCUUGGCCAGAUACAAAUAACCAGAAAAUAGAUGACAAUAGCUAUCUGAAUUUAAAUGAAUUUGUAGAAGACAUCAAAUUAAACUGUGAUAACAUCACCAUGUACAAUUAUCCAGAUACCACUUAUUACAAUGCAGCAAUGAAUUUAUUGCUUGUUGACCUCAUAAUGGACAUAUCGAAAGAAGACUUUGAUUUUGAAUUAGGUACGGAGAUGCAAAUCGAACGGGAACGGGAAAAAGAGAAGCGUAACGAAGAGGCAGAAGAACUUAGAGAAAAGAACCAGAGGAAUUUGAGAUUAGCAAAUUCACGUAAAUUUGAAGCCAUUCUGGAUGAUAUGACGCCGAAGGAAAUAUUAAAACGAGCUUGA